AUGUACGGGGCUUUUAACAAGCCUGGGGCUGACCGCGUUUUGUACAACCUCUUCCCCACGAACCUGGGGAAUAUUGUUAACAAAGUGGUAACCACAGGACAUCGCAACGGCAAUGACGGCUCCAAUGGAGGCCCAAGCACCGCACAAGAUGCGUCGCCAGUGGAACACGGAAGGCAGGAUGAGCGUGUGUCGCCCACGUGUCGUCCGCGCUCCUACGACCGCAACAGUCGACCUCAGGAGUUCAGACUGAGGACGCUGUCGAGGGGGGGAGGGGGCCCGCCACCGCCAAACGCGGCAGCAAGCACGGGCACCACCCAGAACAUCCCUGCCAAACGUAGGAUCGAAGACUCCAUCCACGCAGACGUGAAGCGCCCCAAGACCAACAAUGCCCAGCCGCAAAUGACCCCAGUCAACGUCCCAACACUCAGCGAUGGACUGAAGGUGUGGAUGGACUACUGGGAGACAAAACCAUCGCAACCCCGCGGUGUACGUCACAUCGCUAAAGGCAACGUGAAGAUCAACCCAUUCACGAUGUCCGGACACAUCUGGACGCAGAUUAUGUCACGCAAGUACAUGCUCACUCACCAUGGAACACGGACACCGUUCCUCGAGUCACUGGCGCAAGUCCUAAGCGACGAAAGACGUGCGAUCAAGAAGCAGCUCCACAAAGGUACAGUACAAGAGUACCCGAAGAUCUGCGAGUGGCCGAAUAAUGAGCUGGCCGACUUCGAUACUGUCGUACGCGCCCGCGCAUUCCUCCAGGAGGACGACUCGGACGAGGACGAGGAUGAGCCUGCUCGCGCGGCGCCACAUAGUAGCAGUAAGGCUCAGUCGGCCGCCGCGAUGGAGGAGAACCACCCCAUGGACGCUGCCAACUCAUUGGCUCGCGACGCAGUACCCUUCGCGUACGGACUCCGUCACGAGAGGCGAACGUUCCGCGGCCUCAGCGUCAGGAGAUGCUAG